AGUUUUAUCACAGCUGAAUCGAUCGAACAUCCGAGCCUGCGUGCUAACGGAGGCGCCAUGCGACUUCUUCGUAGAUUUCAGCGUCCGUCGUAAUCUCGUUCGUUGCAGUUUAGAUUUUGUCAUAAUCGGUCAAGCCUCGAACAAUUGUGAAUCGAAACGAAUAUAAUCAAUUCCAUUGAAAAUGCCAUCGGUACGCCGAAUGAUCCUCGGACACGUUAUGUCCGGUUUAUGUACCAAAAUGAAUCGCACGAAAAAACUCCAAGGAGAUUUACUCGAAACUCCGAUGAAAAGAUGUCUUUCCACCUUCGAUAUUACUCUACUCGGCGUUGGUCAUAUGGUUGGCGCUGGAAUCUACGUUUUGACAGGAACAGUAGCUCGCGACACGGCCGGCCCAGGCGUAGUUUUAAGCUUUUUACUCGCCGGUAUAGCUUCUUUAUUAGCAGCGUUGUGCUACGCUGAAUUUGGUGCACGAAUUCCUAAAGCUGGUAGCGCUUACGUUUACACGUACAUCUCUGUCGGUGAAUUUUGGGCAUUCGUAAUCGGAUGGAACAUUAUAUUAGAGCACAUGAUCGGCGCGGCAUCCGUGGCAAGGGCUUGGAGCGGAUAUGUCGAUUCUUUGGCAGGGGGAUCGAUCAGCAAUUACAGCCGUCGAAUAAUGCACGGGUACACCAUGGCAGAACCGCUUGGAAGCGUUCCAGACGUUUUAGCCGCCGCGUUAUGCCUGUUUUACGCGAUGCUGCUAACAUUGGGCGUUAAGAGUUCGGCAACGGUCAACUCCUUGCUCACGCUCGUGAAUCUUGGGGUGAUGGGAUUGGUGAUCGGAUUAGGAUUCGCCUACGCGAAACUUUCCAAUUGGAGUUGCGAGCAUGGAGGGUUCUUACCCUAUGGAUUCACAGGCGUAUUAGCAGGUGCUGCGACGUGCUUCUACGCGUAUGUCGGCUUCGAUUCUAUCGCUACUUCCGGGGAAGAGGCACGCGAUCCUGCAUACAGCAUACCCCGAGCAACGUUAUUUUCGAUGACAAUCGUGACUGUUGGAUAUGUAUUGGUUGGCGCCGCUCUCACCCUGGUCAUACCCUAUUGGAAGAUCAAUCCCACCGCUGCCCUUCCCGAGGCUUUCUCGUCGAUUGGGAUACCAUGGGCGAAAUACGUGAUAAGUAUUGGGGCAUUGUGCGGAAUGACGACAACCCUGUUCGGAUCUUUGUUCUCGUUGCCGCGGAUAAUGUACGCAAUGGCUAACGACGGUCUACUGUUCGGCUUCCUCGGCCACAUUAACAACCGUACCCAAGUACCCGUCCUCAAUUUGGCCAUCAGCGGUUUCCUCAGUGCCUUAAUCGCCUUGCUCUUCGACCUUCAACACUUGGUCGAGUUUAUGUCCAUAGGCACGUUCCUGGCCUACACCAUCGUCUCGGCCAGCGUCAUCAUCCUCAGAUAUCGGCCUGAAAAGGUCACACCCUCCCCGUCCAACGCCGGCACCCCGAGCAGUUUGACGUCGCCACCCACCGAGGGGGCAGACUCCAACAGCGAUUGCAACAGCGUCACGUCUGCCGAAUCCGAGCUCCUAGACUUGAGCGAAGGCACGGGUAAGCUUAAAUCCCGAUACAUUUGGCUGGCCAACUUCCUGGGCAGUUGCAAACCAGGGGAUGUGGUGACGGGUUCCGUGAUGAUAUACACGGCGGGCUGCAUCUCCCUGUGUUUCCUCUUCAUACUGAUAUCCCAAACGUACUUUGCCCCCGCGUUGUGGGACUAUUUCGUCCUGGCAAACGUCAUCCUCUUGUUGAUCGGAAGCCUUUUCGUUAUCAUCGCCCACCAACAAUCUCCCCCCACCGGUAAAUUCCGCGUCCCGAUGGUACCCGUUAUACCAGCCCUCAGCAUCUUGUUCAACAUUGGCUUGAUGUUCCAUUUGUCGCUUUUGACGUGGCUGCGAUUCCUCGUUUGGAUGGUAGUCGGGAUGUUGAUAUACUUUCUAUACGGGAUUCACUACAGCAAAGAGGCGGCGAGCCCCAACUCUUACUCGAUACUGAUGGCCACCUCGGAGGCGGGGAGGGGCGCGAAAUGGGGCGCCACGUUACGGGUGAACCAGAAAAGCGAUAAAGUACCGAUAUUGAACGAGGAAGAUUUCGUACAUUAGGGAGAUUAGAGGGAACCGUGUGUCAGGGAACCGUGUAAAGACGUGUGCCGAAACGAUGCUGAAAUGUAAGUAAAUUAUAUAUUACGUAGAGGAAUUUUAGGAGGAAUUAUUAGAAAGAGAGGAAAAAAAAAAAUACUUGACCAUUGUAUCUCCCUGUAUACGUACACACGCCGAUUUGAAAUUUAAGUAUAUAAUAUCUUUGUACAUACCGACUGUGUAACGUUAUGUAAAGAAAAGAAAAAAAAAAGAAAUGCCAAUUCCAUUCAAUUGCAUCCCCGUGUUAGAGAAGCUUCUUUUGUCUAAAAGGAAAAAAAAAAAAUUAAGCGAUUCAAUUGUGGAUGUGGAUCUCUGGCAAAGGGUACGUUGAUUACAUUUAAUCAUGAAUGAUUUUCAAUUGAAUUUCGUUCCUAAUUUAAUUUUUUAUUAUCAGUAAUAUCAGAAGUUUUGUUGGGAAUAUAGUUCUUGUAUGUAUAUUAUUAUCGCGCACAAGUUUGAAGUGUAUACAAGUCCUUUUGCAUUUUACAGGUGUAUUAUUUAACAUCCUGUCUUGUGACACGAUGUAGGUACGCAAAAUUAUGUAUGUAUGUGCCGAUUGUACAUUGAAACGAACAUUUUAUUUCUGUACUUGUACAAAAAUGCAUAACUAAAUUUAACUUUAAAAAAAAAUAUAUAUAUAUAUAAAAUACAAUAGUAUGAUUUAGUAUGAUUGUAAGGAGGAAAUCGUAUUUUCAAUAAAUUUUAAUUUCUGAUAAUCGUGUCUGGUCUGAUCUGAAGAAAAAUUCAGGAUAUAUUUGUGAAUUAGGAUCAAAAAGAAGAAGGAGAAAAAAAAGUAUAUAUAUAUAUAAAGGCCAGAUUAAAAAAAAAAAAAAAUGUUAACGCUUUGGCGCAAGGAUCGAAAACAUGGUGCCUUGGGAACGGAUAGACUAAUUAUAUACAGUAAGAUGUACGAAUCUAAAAGCAUGACAAUAGAUUCGCCUGUUAUAUGGCGAGCGAUUAAAUUUAAGAUUAAUUAUAUACACGGAUUUGCUAAGCACGUGGAUUGCCCGGUGGCGAUAUAUCAUCGUUACGUUAUAACUGAGUAAAUAACUUCUUUAACUUAUUUGAUAAACCUCUUUCAAGAUUAGAACAAGUUUCACUUUGCAAUUUUAUUACUUUAACCAAUUAAUCGUAAUCGCAGUGAUUCCGAUAAAAAUCAGAAGAAUGUUAUUCUUGAGAGAUUCCUCUAGGAUUGACGACCGUUCCUAAUACACCAAUUUAUUACACGAUCUCUCUUAUGUUGAGAAAAAAGAGAAAAAAAAAAAAAAGAAAAAAAUAUGUAAAAUAUAAAUUUGACGUAAAAGAAACGAUUAAUAUAUCGCAUCUAAAAAAAAAGUUAUCGUUUCUCGAUUUAAUUAAACAACUAACUAUAGCAUAUUAUAUGCAUUAUUUUGACAGUCCUUCGCUCAGCAGAUCCAGCAAGGAUCGAUACUAUACCGUAGCAGAUAAUGUAAUCGAUGUUACGUAAGAAAGUGUAUUGGUACAUCUUAAAGGUUUACCACCUUUAAUCGUCAAAGCGACGUAGAUGUUAUAUAGACGAAGAAUAACGUAGCAAACACCAUAAUUACGUUUUACGUAAGGUUUAAGGUGAUACGUUUUACGGAGGAGAAUGUAUCGCUUCGGACGAGUCACGCGAAUAGGUUAUUAUUCUUUUCAGGACUCAUCGUUGUAAUACGAUCCGUGUAAAAAACAUCGCGCGACUUUCCAUCCCAAAUAUUUCUUCCCGCUUUCCGCAAAUUUGUACAGUCUUUUUUCCGUACAUAAGUUCCGUCUGGAGCGAUCCAUCUUUAAAAUAGACAGUGUAUAAAGGAGAAAAUUCAAUUGCGCAGAUUAUUUUCCUCGAGAUGAAGUUCUUCAAUUAUCCUUUUAUCGCACAAUUGCCAAGUACAAUAGCCAACGUAUGCGUAAUUAUUGAAUUAUUGUAUAUAUACAGCAGAUUAAUUAACUGGUGGUAAUCACGUGAAUACGUACAAAAUUAUGACAGUCGUUAGAAAGGUAUUGUAAAAAAA